AUGCUUGUCAUUCCAACAAUUGAUUGUAUCGAAGAAAUCUUGAAAAAUGUCAAGGAUAAAGCAUCUUUAUUCUCUUGGACCAGGGUGAAUAGUACUUUGUGUAGUAUAGCCAUACAACUUUUAUGGAGUUGUCCAUUUUCAGAUUUGAAGUGGCCACAAGAUCAUCAUAAAGGGUAUCUUUUAAUACGUACAUAUAUUGCAUGUCUUUCAAAAAAUAAAAAACAGCAUUUAAUUGAUGAGGGUUAUGAUAUGAUCAAUUAUUACGGAGAAGCAUUAUUUGAUUAUCCAUCAUUUCUGAAAGAACUUGACAUUGGUAAUGUACAAUAUUCAAUUUCUCAAUGGUGGAAUGAGACAGCAGAUUAUAGACUACGUCAUAAAACUACAAUUCCUGUAUUGGAAUCAGCUAUAUUUGAAAUGUUAUUCAAUAACAAUUAUGGAUUGAAAAGUUUGAAUUGUCAAUUACAAACCCGUUACAAUAUACCAAAUUUUUCAAGUUUUGAAGGAAUUCAGCAAUCAAUUUCUCAACUCACUGAACUUCAAAUAGAUUGUUCAUCAAAUGAUAAUGAAGGUUAUAUGAUCGAACUGAUUGAUGUUAUAAUCAAGAAUUCACAAAAUAUCCACACAUUGGUGAUUACUCCACCAUCACCUCCACAGCAACAAUAUGAAAUCAACAUACUUUCAAGUAAACUACAAUCAUUGAUUGAAUCACAAAAUAAUUUAAAAUUUAUUUAUACCACUUUACCUUACUUGGGAAUAUUUGAUCCAAUAAGUUCUGUUUCAAUAUUCUCAGCUUUAGCAAGUCAAACAGAUAGUAUAACAGAAUUAGAUCUUAGAAAAAUGUUUAUCAAUUGGAAUUCAUUGGAAAUUUUAGCAAAAUGUUACAAUUUAAAAUCAUUAACUUUAGUAAAUUGUUAUCAAGAAAAAGAUAUAAAUAAUUUCAUUCCUUUGUCAGAAGUUACAGCAACUUCAAUUGUAAUGAUGGCAAGACAAAAUUUAAAGGAAUUGGUGAUUGACUUCAUUACACCAGAGUUAUCAAAAUUUAUCAAACAACAGCAAAUUCCAAAUUUAGAUUCAUUGUCAAUAAGAACUUUACAAAUUAAUGAAUUACAAAAAUGGUUAAAGCAUUCAAAAUUAGUUCAUUUAGCAUUAAGUGAUGUUAGCAACAACUCUGAAUUAUUUUCACUCACCAACUCAUAUCAAUUGGGAAAACUAUUACCAGAAACUUUAAAUCAUUUACAGAUUGAAUGCAGAUAUAAUAUUGCACCAGAAUCUUUAACUAUACUAUUGGAAAACUCUAAUUGUAGAAAUUUACAGGUUUUAAGUCUUGAUGUUGAAAUUUUCAAUGACACUUUGUUAGAAGUUGUUGCUGAUUAUUCACGUGAAAAUGGUAGAGUUUUAAAGGAAUUGAGAAUUGCUAAUGACACAUUAUUAGAAUAUGAUAAAAACUUGUGUAGAAAAUUAUCAAACGUGAUACCUUUUAUCAAUCAAGAUUAUAUUGACACUUGGCCUAUUCUUUCUGAAAGGAGGGAUCCUUUAUGGAAGAAUGUGAUGAGUUUUGUAUAA